AUGGCGCCGGCAAGUCCCACCCUGGGCAAUGUCCUGGCCGGCCGCGACGGCUACGAAGUGACCGAAGGCAGCGUGCAGUUUGAAGGCACCGACCCUGCUGGAUCAGGAUCCGAAGCGCGCGCCGCUGCCGGCCUGUUCCUGGCGUUCCAGUACCCGGUGGAAAUCCCGGGCGUGAACAACACCUACUUCCUGCGCGCCGCGCUGAACGCCCAGCGCAGGGCCGCGGCGAAGAGGAACUCGAUUCGAUGCAGUUCCUCAAGCUGCUGGCCGUGCUGGAGCCGAAGCUGGCGAUCCUCGACGAAAACCGAUUCGGGCCUGGACAUCGACGCGCUGAAGAGCGUGGCCGACGGCGUCAACGCGCUGCGCGCCGCCGACCGCUCGUUCCUGGUCAUCACCCACUACCAGCGCCUGCUGGACUACAUCAAGCCGGACGUGGUGCACGUGCUGGCCGAUGGCCGCAUCGUCAAGAGCGGUGGCCCGGAACUGGCCCUGGAACUGGAAGCGCACGGCUACGAUUUUCCUCAAGGAUCGUGUGGUGCGCGAGGCGGCGGUCUGAUGAGCGCGCUGCUCGACUCGAUGGCCCAGGCCUUCUGCGGCAGCGAUGCGCGCCGCGAAGUGCUGGACGCGGCCCUGCGCGACGGCCUGCCGGCCGCCCGCAACGAAGCCUGGAAGUACACCUCGCUGCGCCAGCUGGAACGCCGUGCGUUCGCUGCGGCGCCGCUGCAGGGCCCGGCGCUGGACGCCUCGCUGUUGGAGGACAUCCCGGCGCCGCGCCUGGUGUUCGUCAACGGUCGCCUCGAUGCCGCGCUGAGCGACGUGCAGGCGCUGCCGGCCGGCGUGCAGCUGCAGCCGCUGUCGGCCGCGCUGGCCGACGGCGAGGAUGCGGUGCGUUUCCUCGGCCGCCGCUACGAGCGCAGCGAAGAGAUCUUCGCCCGCCUCAACGCCGCCCUGGCCGAUGAAGGCGUGGUGCUGCGUGUGGACGAAGGCGUGCAGGUGGACGUGCCGCUGCAGCUGGUGUUCGCCAGCGUGGCCGGCGAUACCGACCUGGCCUGGCACCACCGCCACCUGAUCGAACUGCGCACCGGCGCCAGCCUGGGCGUGGUCGAGCAUCGCUUCAGCGUGGGUGAUUCGGCCCACCUCGACAACACCGUGCUGCACGCCCACGUCGCCCGCGAUGCCGUGCUCAAGCACGCCCGCGUGCAGGCCGGCAGCGCGCGCCAGACCAGCUUCCUGCGCACCGACGCGGUGCUGGCCCGCGAUGCGCAGUACCACCGCGUCGAUCUGGAACUGGGUGCCGCGCUCAGCCGCCAUGAACUGAACGUGCGCCUGGAAGGCGACAACGCCCAGCUGACCGCCAACGGCGUGCUGCUCGGCAACGGCCGCCGCCACGUCGAGACCCGCCUGGGCAUCGACCACAUCGCGCGCGAUACUGCCUGCGAACUGCUGUGGCGCGGCGUUGCCGCCAACCGCAGCCGCGUGGUGUUCCACGGUGGCAUCCAGAUCCGCGAAGGCGCCGACGGCACCGACGCGAACCUGUCCAACAAGAACCUGCUGCUGUCGGCCGACGCCGAGAUCGACACCCAGCCGACGCUGGUGAUCGACGCCGAUGAAGUGAAGGCCGCGCAUGGCGCGACCGUCGGCCAGCUCGAUGCCAACGCGCUGUUCUACCUGCGCUCGCGCGGGCUGCCGCAGGCCCAGGCGCAGGCGCUGCUGAGCGCCGCGUUCUGCCAUGAACCGCUGAAGAUCCUGCCGGAAGCACUGCGCGAGCAGCUGGCACGCCGCCUGGACAAGGCGCUGGUCGAGGCGGGUGUGGCAUGA